AAAGUUUUCUUUUCGGUUCUUUCCCUUGACGCCUUUCUUGAACCGACAGGUUAGAGUAGUUGUAGGGUUUGGGGAGUUUGUUGUUUAAAUACGACGCAUGAGGCACCGUAGGAAGGCAUGAAAUAAUAUUCCCAAAUUUUCUCCCUAAUCCUCUCUUCCUCACCUAAAACCCUAAACCUUCUGCCUUUCCCCUUCUUCUCGGCUGCCGAACCCAAGCAAAACCCUGGGCAGUGUCUUCCCUGCUUUGAAGUUUUGAUACAUCCUGUAUCAACUGGUGCUCUCGUUCUCGAUCUCAUGGCCGCUUCGUCGGAACCCUCGGCGGUCACCUUGGCCGAUAUCAUGCAAGCCAUAACCACCUUAAGUACGGAUUUGCAGGCUACCAAGCUCCGGGUUGCAGAGAUUGCGGCAGAUAAACCUCACGGAGUUGACACUCGCAGGCCCACCCUCGUUCCACCCCAGGCAGGUUGGCGUCCACCACCAUCCCGUACAACACCACCUACCUUCGACCCGGCGCCGAGGAUGCGCGUCGAUGCUCCACGAUUCUCGGGGGAUGAUCGUACUGGCUGGAUUUUUCGAGUGCAAAAAUACUUCGAUUAUUUCUUGACACCGGAGCCCAAGAGGUUACAGCUGGUGGCGAUGUUGAUUGAUCAUCCAGCUUCCGAAUGGUUCCAUUAUUAUCAAGCGAAUAAUCUGAAAGCUACUUGGCAAGAGUUUUUGGAAGGGGUGCAUCAACGCUUUGAUCCCGAUUAUUAUGAGAAUUACGUCGGCCUGUUAUCGAAACUUACACAGACAUCAACCGUCAUGGAAUAUCAAUCGGCCUUCGAAACUAUCCUCAAUAAAGUGUCCGGGGUUCCCGACGCCACGUUGAUUGCGAUGUAUGUUGCCGGGCUAAAACAGCCGUUGCGCAGGGAGGUGAAUCUCCGCUGCCCAGCAACCCUUCAAGCCACGUUUGCCUUGGCUAGAGAACUCUCCGCAUGCCUCCAAGAAGCGGCUGUUUCGUAUGGCACGAUGGGCCGUCGCCCCUGGCAGCCACGUCCCGCUUCUGUUCCGCCAACGGGCCUUCUUCCCACACCAGGGACCACAGCAAAGUCAGACUCGUCAUCACCGCGCCCCGCAAUCAAAACUCCUAACUUACCGGUUGUUCGACUAACACACGCCGAGAAGACAGAACGGAGUAAGAAAGGCUUGUGUUGGUAUUGUGAUGAAAAGUGGACUUCAACCCACAAUUGCAAGCACCGUUUUCUCGUUCUUAUGGGACCAGACGACGACGAUGAAGAAUCAGACACGGGGGACAAUCCGGAAUUGGUCGCUGACGGGCCGUUGAUCUCGGCAGAUAUCUCAAGCAUCAAUUCCUUGGCGGGCAGCCCGAGCCCUCGUUCCUUGCGGUUGGCCGGUAUGAUCAAAGACGGCGUUGUUCAAGUCCUUCUCGAUGGGGGUAGUACGCAUAACUUCAUCCACCCGGCAGUGGCUGAACGUUUGGCCUUACCAUUGCAACCGGUCUCCCCAUUUCGUGUUUAUGUGGGUAAUGGGGACUCCCUACGUUGUACUUACUCCUGUCCGCAGACACCGCUGUCCGUGCAGGGCCAUUGUUUCGAAGUGGAUUUGUAUCUCUUAGCCAUUCAUGGGCCAGAUGUUGUUUUGGGUGUUCAGUGGUUGCAAACGUUGGGCAAAGUGGCUCACGAUUACUCCCAAAUGACAAUGGAAUUCGCUUGGAAGGGUGGUACAGUGACUUUACGGGGAGAUCUACCACACCUGCGUCCUUUGACGUACAGCCAGUUCUGCACGCUUGUGGCUUCAUCGGAUGCGCAGGAUUUUUAUGAGCUCUUACUGGCCGAUUCAGAGAUUCCAGUUGCACCCCCCACACGCACCUCGGAACUCGUUAUUCCGGCAGAGGUGCCCGAACCUGUCCGGGCAGUGUUGGUAGCCCAAUCAGCGGUUUUUGGCCUUCCACAGGGGCUGCCGCCGUCUCGAUGUUGGGAUCAUCGCAUUCAUCUAGCUCCGGCGGAUGCCUUGUCCCGCCAAGAUGAUAACGACGACGCGGCUGACCUCUUUAUGGCACUGGUGCAGCCCAUGCCACAUCUGCUUCGAGACCUACGUGUGGAGAAUCAACAAUUAGCCGAGCUCCGGGACAUCCACGCGGCUGUUACAGAGGGCACAGCAGCUUCAGAUUUCUCGGUCCAGGAUGGGCUGCUGUACUUCAAAAGACGACUGUAUAUAGGCCGCUCGUCCUCCCUGCGCACGCUGUUACUGGAAGAGUACCACUCCACUCCGGCCGCAGGUCAUCAAGGAGUAGAGGGCGGUGUCUUCCCUGCUUUGAAGUUUUGAUACAUCCUGUAUCAAAUUUCUUGCCUUUUUUUGUGAACAAGGAGGGGGUGGGAGAUAAAUGGGGUACACAUUUGGUGUACCCUUAGCAUUUUUCUUCACAUUAAUCCCUCCGACAUUAAUUUUAAAUGCACAUAAACUUCCUCAAAAAAAACAAAGCACUUCAUAAUCU